AGUCAACGUUGAGCGUUUUCGAAUGUUUUUAUGAGAGAAAUUUGCUAUUAAUGAAAAUAAAUUAGGACUUGUCAGCUACGCGGUAAAAUACAGACCCCGAUACCUAAAAAAAUGUUUUCAGUACAGUUUUUUAAUACGUGGAAGAAAAUUUGCUGUGAAACUAAGAAGCUAACGCCGGCAGCUCUGUGCUGGUUGUGGUCGUCCAACUGUCACACGUCUUCUGACGUUGUUUUACAGCAAAAUACCCCAAAAGGAGCCACAAAUAAUCAGGUAACAAAAAGGCCCAAAAAAGAAAGAUCUUCAUGUCAAGCGGUACUGAAUCACUUUGACCAGCAGUACAGUGAGGAACUUGGAGACUUGUGGCCAUCUGCAAGGAGAGUGCUGUUGGACCCUCCGUCUUGGCAGUAUGGUGUCAUGCUCAACCGCUUCGGCGCUGUGACAGACAUCACACAGAUUCUUCAAUCCCAAGGCUUUUCUACAUUGCUGCCGCAAACGGAUGUCUCAGCGUUGCUUUGCAAUGGUCCCUCCACUGUGUCAAAUUCUAAAUACCAAGAAGGAAAAGACGCUCUGUUGUCAUCUCACUACAUCAACAAAUGCCCUCCUGAUGACUCCCAUCCGCAGCCUGACAGCACCUCGCACACGCUCGGUCAGGACCCUCAAUCAGGGCCUUCACUGGGUUUGCCACAUUGUCCGUUACAGUGUUACAUCCACCCAAGCGCACUUCGAUUUCCCUCUCAGGCUCACAGGCCUGGCCAGCUGAAGCAGUACUACCUCCUGAACGCUGCCUCCCUGCUUCCAGUGCUGGCUUUGCAAGUCAGAGAUGGGGAAAAAGUUUUGGAUCUUUGCUCUGCCCCUGGUGGCAAAGCCUUAGCCAUUAUGCAGAGUGCCACACCAGCACUUCUCUGCUGUAACGAACCAGAUCCUCACAGACGGGACUGGUUGGCCAAAACCUUGGAGUCUUUUCUGCCGAGCUUACUGAACAGCCAAGUGAUUGUGUCUGCGCAGGAUGGACGGUCUUUUGGGCAAAGUGAAGCUGGUUUGUACGACAAGGUUUUGGUCGAUGCUCCAUGUUCAAAUGACAGGAGCUGGUUGUAUUCUUGCAGCAACCAGAAGGGGGAACAGAGGCUGAAGGAAAGAGGCAGGCUGCCUGCGCUCCAGGCUCAACUGCUUAGGUCUGCACUGUCAGCGGUGCGUCCAGGGGGCAUUGUUGUCUAUUCAACUUGCACACUGUCCAGCUUUGAGAACCACGCUGUGAUUAAGACAGUGCUCAGUGACUUUCCCGAGGCUGAACCUGAAGACCUGUGGGAGGAGAUUGCCAUUCCUUUAUCAAAAUACUUUGCAUUUAGUUCUCACCCUGGUCAUGGACAGACACCUCACAAGCCCUCCUUGCAGCCACAGAACGGCACCAUGUCCUCUUAUCAUCACGGACUCGGCAUUCUAGUGGUCCCUCAGCCCAACAAAACCUGGGGACCCAUGUUUUUGUCUCGGAUUAGAAGAAGGAAAUAGUCUGUAUUUUCCUGUGUGGAAAAGAUGUGUAGAAUGAAACUGCUAAACUUACACAUUACCUUAAUGUAAAGCGCCAGAUUAAGAAUUUACAAUUCAGAUAUAUGCUGCAAACUCUGCCAACCUGUGCCAUUUACAGAAGAGGACAGUAACAGCAGCGGUAGUUUUGAUAUGUGGGUGUAAACAUGUUAGCGUCAACACAUACAAGUCUGAAAGUCAUAAAUGUUGCAGUUUUAACAAUGUAAAAACUGCAAACAUGCAUUACGUUAAUGCUUGACAGUGGGUAAAUGCGAUUUGAUUGACUGCUGCCUUGAGAAACUGAACAUUUCUUAACUUUCCACAGUUCAAACACAGGUAUCCAACUGACCCACAAUUCAGUUUGGAAACUCUUUAUGUAACUCAAUUUCAAGUAAUGGGUAAGCAAGACAGUUGAAACCUGAAACACGUGCCGCCAAGUGUCGCAGCUGCAGUUUUCAUUGUCGAAAACUGCAGGGUCUUUGUGUGUGGGUGUGUUAAAUGAGACUGUACAUUCAAUAAGCAAAUAAGAAUAGAAUACUUCUCACAUCAUUCGUACUUGUCUCCAAUCUGCAUCAACACAGACCUUAGACAAGAUAUAUUUAAUUAAAGCAUAUAAUUAGCGUCCCUAUGAUAAUAAAUGUAUCAAAUGACGAUGUGAUAAUGUGUCUGUGUGAAAGAGGCUGCUUGCUGUGAUUUACAUACAGAGAAUUACCAGCCAAAUCUGCAGCUCCCCUCGGGUUUAUGGAGCUUUAUUUCCAGUUUCAGUUCAUGUGUCCAGCCCACGACUUUAUUUUGUUGGUUUACUGUUUUCAUGGUAUCAGCUGGUUUCAGGAAAAAAUAAUCUAAGAGGAGAAUUUAGCUUCUACAGUGCCAGAUAUUUUCCUUCGGAAUUGGAAGAGCCCCCAAAACAGAUCUAAAAGAUCAUGACAAUUGGAGUUAAAGUCUUCAAGAUGCCAAAAACAGAACUCUAAAUGAAUGACGAUGUUGCUCCAUAAUUAGUAGAUGUUUAAAUCAGCUGCAGUUUGCUAACAAGUUUGCCCAUGUUAGCUUAAAAUGCAAUGGUAUACCAGUGUGAUCACAGUUUGUUUCCUCUUCCCUCAAAUGGCUAGAAAAUCCUGUUAGGGCAAGGUUGACUGCUUUAUUUUAGCCUCUACAUCCCACCUUCUUUUUAUUUUUUGUUAUUUAUUAUUGAUUGUUUAUUCCCCACCCAACUUCUUUAGCAUCUUAAAGUACAUGACUGUCAUCUUGUGGGCUAAGGACACACAUUGACACCACAUAAAUGUGAACUCUGUAAUGUUGCAGUAAUCAGCAGAAAAUGUGCCCCAUUCAACUGCCAGUUUAAACUGUAGAAUUUACAAUCUUAAAAACACACACACUUCCGAACAGAAGAUAUAUUUUUUAAAAAAACAACAAAAAACCAAACAAACAAACCAAAAAAAAAAACUGCAGCUGCAGGAGGAAGACGCAGCUGUCAAAAUUGCAGAAACUGCUCGCAUGUCUAUAUCUAAGUCUGAACCGCUGCUGUUGCUGUCUGGAAAAUGCAAGGUGCAGAAACCUGAGUUUCCACUGCAAUGUAUAAUUUGAUAUCGACCGGAUGUGCUUUUCCAUUGCAGUACUUUGCAAUAAUAACACUGUAUCCACAUAAGACUUCAUUAUUGUGUGAUGUGAGAUGGUAAUAUUAAAAAACAAAACAAAAAAAAAA